GCUGCGAGGCGACGGUGCUAACCACAGGCUGACCACCGAGCCACCUGCAGCCUCUGACCCGGUAAUCAGCCACUUAACAUGGGAUAGGGUUGAACACUGGGGAAUACAUUAAUGCUGACACAGCCAACAGUCUCCACUGACACCGUCUUGUUUGUAUAUAAAGGUUCACUGAAACAAGUCCAGUAUCUCAGACACCAUGGUUUGCCUGUGAGAGGAUUCAAAGUCAAAAAGAAUCACCCUCCAAAAUAACCUUCACUACUGGCUCAUAUAGGGGGGCUGUUUACGUAAGCCUAAGACAACACAUAUGGUUCAUAUCAUGAGGGGAGCCCAUUCUCUGGACAAAGAGGCACCUCUCCUGUAGCACCUAAACCUUUGAGGUGGAAACAUCACAUAAUCUAUUAUCAGUUCCAUGGCAGUGUUAAGGUUGUUCUUAGGCUGUGAAAGUGCCAAGCUACAAGUCACAGAUCAUCCUAAGGGGCAGCCUAGGUCUCCCUCGAGGUGUCUCUCCUCUGUUUGAGAGGGCACAUUUCAGCAUCAGGCCAGGUAAGACCUGAAAGUUCCCUGCAUGUUCAGUGCAGUCAGGAUUGUUAGUCAGCUAAGGAUCUUCAGAACUGAUGCUGGCACUGCCUGCAUGAUCUGCUGCGCUGUUGGUGUCACAUCUCCUGAUCAGUAAACCUUAUCACAACGUGAGCCAUCUGAGUCUGCAGCAUGUCUCUCUGUGUCUUCCUCCAACAACCUCUCUAAUUUUCACAACACUUUCUUAUUACAGUUUUGUGGUUGCUAUUGUAUAAUUGGUGUGUGUUUUGUGUAAUAAUAUCAAGUAGGGUUGGAUUUUGCCAUUUAGUGAACACAGAGUGCAAUUUUAUUCAUUGUCUUUUGAUCACAACUCCAAAAAUUUUGUCAUCUAUAUCACAUAUUACACAUUUAUUGGCAAAUAAUCAAGUACAGCAGCAGAAGCAUUAAACAUUUGACUGUGCCUUCAACAUAGUAAUUUUACCAUAACUAUUGUCAUUUCUUGUCAUAGCUAACAGAGAUAAAAUAGUGAAAUCUGCAUAUUGACUUAAGAAUUAAAUCAGUUUCUGGUAAUAAUAUGGAUAUUUUCCCACAUUUGUUUGAUGAAAAAAGAAAAAACAACCCAUAGAUGUUGCCAUAGCAACAAACUGGGAUGUAAAGCCAGAAAAAACUAUUUUCAUUAUAGAGGAAAGUUUACUUUUUGCAGCUCUUACACUUUGUUCAACUUUGCCCCUUAUGUGUUGAUGUCACCAAAGUGGAGAAGGUCAAAGGUCAGCAGUUUGCCCAUGAGGACUCCAAGCAGGGUGAACAUUGAUUAUCAAAGUGUAAUCAGGCAGCGAGGAUCAGUCUAAAGUUCGCUGCCGUGAAACAGCAACAGACUGAAAGACGCGGCAGAGAUUUGUGGACGAGGGAUAGAGGAGGACAUCUGAGGACUGUAUGCGCUGGUGUCCGAGGCAGUAAAGGCAGCAAAAACUACAUCAGCAGAUUAAAAGAGGACAAAGCUGAGACAUUUGCUAGGAAACAUUUAACAGAGCUGACUGGGAGAAGAUGGACAUCCUUGAGACGGACGCCUAUGACAGGCGGCAGAGGAGAAAUAUGUCCUGCGCUCUUUUUUUCUCCCUCUUGCCUUUCUUUCUGUCCACAGUUGUCUACUUCUACCUGUGGACCCCUGACUCCACUCCGUCCAUCAUGUCUGCGGGUGUCAAAUCGGCACCAACGCUCCUGUUGGCUGCGGUGGUGCUGAGCUGGAAUGGAGGUCAUAGUGUCCUGGGUGUGGUGGGAGGCCUGAUCUUCUCCGCUGUUGGUGACUGCUGCUUGAUAUGGCCUGAGCUGUUUCUGCAUGGAAUGGGUGCCUUUGCUGUGGCUCAUCUGCUGUACUCGCUCUCCUUCCUGUCCAGCCGCUAUGUAUCAGACUCCUCCUCUUCUUCCUCAUCCUGGAUCCGUCUUCUGUAUCUGAUCCUGGUCAUAUUGGGAGUAUGUUUCUACAUCUUUCUAUAUCCGUACCUGCAGAAGGUGCCAAACUCUGAUCUGCUAGUUCCAGGCGUCGGGAUCUACAUCGGCCUGAUUUCUCUCAUGGGUGCGUUAGCGAUUAGAACCCGCCACGUAGCGACGCUGCUGGGAAGUCUGAUCUUCAUGGUCUCUGAUCUGUUUCUGGCUCUUCAAGUGUUCAAGGUGAUUGAGAACAUGCAGAACGGUAACGCUGUUGUCAUGGUGACGUACUAUUUGGCACAGCUUCUAAUCGCUGUGGGUGACGUGAAAGCCGUGGAGGACAAGGACAACUUUUCAAAAUGGAAGCGGUCCUAAACAGUAUCCCUGUGGUAACCCUCAUUCCUUUUGUAAAACCUGUUCCUGUGAAGACUUCCUCCAAGUCUUGCAUGUUUAAAUGAACCCACGAAAUAAAGGACAAGACGAAGACACACAGAACGAAGACGGUUCUCCUGGUCAGCUACGGGACGAGUUCAUCAAAGCUUCACAACGGGAAAGACAAAAGGGCCCCCCACCAAACAAGAUCCCUUAUUUUAAGUCUCCUUUUCUAUGUUUCAGUAAUCACACACAAGUUCAUUCUAUUUUAAAACAAUACAAAUACAGCCGUGAAAAAGAAGGAAAAAGGUAACAGUUUGGAAUAUUUAUAUUCUGUGAUUUAAUGAUAAAACAUUUUGUGACUAAUCCGUGUCUGUGUGUAGAUUGUGCGUGUGGUGGCAUGAUGGGAACUGGUCAUUAUAUGUAUAUAAAUAAUUCUGUGUCUUGUUACCAGUAAAUAAAUAUGAUGUUCAUAAUUGUGA